CACCUCCUGCGCAGGCGGAAGCAGAUAUAGCAAAAUAAAGGGUUCAGGAGGGAAAUGUGUUAACUGCCUGGCGCUUGUCAGCGAUUUGGAAGUUUUGCAAAUUAAAGCGGACAAAUGAAACCAGAUAAUAAAUUUUACAUCUUAUGAUUAAUUUCUAGGAUAAUUUAGAUAGGAUUACAUAUGGACGCGUAUCAAGAUCAGUUGCUGGACUCCCCUUCCAAAAACAGUUACAUUGGGAGCUACUACCAGCCUCCAGAUAGGCUUAGAUCUCCCUCACAUAUGAAGGAAGCUCCUGCCCCCAUUAUCCAGACCAACAUGAAUGUGCAGAACAACACCCCUCAAGUGUAUCGAACUACACCAGAUGCUGGAAGCAAAGCGGUAAUUGCUGCUCUAAAGACCCUUCAGGAAAAGAUCUGUCGCCUUGAGCUAGAGAGGAAGCAGGCUCAGAGGAACGUCAAGCAGUUUUCCCAGGAAGCCCAUGGAUACGAAUGUUCUAUCAAUCAGCAGGGGCACCGGCCUCCGUUCAGCACUGCUGAAACCGAUGGCUCCAAGAAGAAAGAGCUGUCCACUUCCCUUCAGUCUGCGGAGGCUCGAUGUCAGCUUCUUGAGAAGCAACUGGAAUACAUGAGGAAGAUGGUGGAGAAUGCAGAAAAGGACAAGAACAUUCUGACUGAGAAACAGAUGUCUCUUCAGAAGCAGAGGUUCCAGAAUAGCUCUGAUGCCCACACUCAGCUGGAGAAACUGGAGAAACUGGAGAGGGACUGUCUGAAGCUGACCAGGACCCAGUCUGUGGCUGAGAGGAAGAUUGAUCUGCUGGAACAGAAACUCCUGGAAGAGGAACACGAACGAAAACUUGUGCAGGAGAAAGCAGAGGAGUUGCAGAGGGAGCUGGAAGCCAACCUCCGCCUAUGUCCUACAGGCCCUGACGAGGUCAAACCAAAGAAGAAAAAAUCUAAGAGGAAAAUUAGUUUGAGACGAGAGGCGCCAGCACCACCAUACAUCCCUGAAAAUAGACUACCUUUUGUAGCUGGAACGUCAACGAGUCCCAGCCACUCGGUACAUGCCAACAUGCAGAGCGUUCUCCACAUGAUGAAGCACCACCAGCCCCAUCUGUGUGAGCGGGUGCGUUCCCUGCGCAGGUCCAACUCCGGCGGAACCAGGAGAGCCCUCCACAGGCCCGCCUCCACCUUGCCUUCCCCCUUGCCGGCAGCUCCCACUCCGGGUUCUCUGUUUGAGCUACUGGUGGCCCUGCAGGACGAACUGGGACAGAUGAGCUUCGAUCACCAAGAGCUAGUGCGUCGGAUCGAUGAGAUGAGGCAGCACGAGACCCGAGGCAGCCUGGAGGAAGAACUGGAGCGGCUGGUCAAGAGGAUGGAGGAGAAGGCCGCUCAGAUCACCAAGCUCCGCAAAUAUCAACUGGCCGUGGACAAUCUGAUACAGAUCCCACAGAGUCCCCGGCGGCGAGCAAAAAGCGAAGACAGAAGCAGGGGUAAGGGGGGGAGCGGGGCAAUACCCCACUCUCCCAUUAAGACCACCUCACAGGGGGGUAAACGAUCUGGAGUGAGUCAGGAGAACCUGCAGCUGCUUCGUGAGACCCAGAGACUCCGCAACAGUCUGAAGAAAGAUGACAUCAUUUGGGAGACAUAGCCAGAGCGAAAUGUCAAGCUAGAUCUGGAGGACCUUGUUAUGUACAGGUUAAUCUCAAACCAUACUUGAUUAUGUACAAGAUGAAGGUAAAAGCCUUUGGUCAGUGGCAUCCUUCCACAAGCAAAGCGCUGUGGUUUUUACAUGUAAACAACUGUCUUUUUCCCUCAAAAUCUAGUAAAGGUGAGGUGCAAAUAGUAAAUGUUCAUUGUUUGCUCACUUUUGAGCUUUGAAGUGCUAUUUGGACAUAUUUGAUUAGAAGGAUUUUAGGUGGUAUUGUUUUUUCAUAUAUUCUUGUCAUUUGUUUGUAAUGAUUUAACUGUUUGUUUUGUUUUUGAAAAAUAAACAAUUGAUAACAUCA